AUGACGCCGAGGACAGGAUCAUGUGCCAUCGCAAACAUCCCACCGGAGAUUUUACUUACGAUAAUGGACCAUCUCCCAAUGCCUUUCCGCCUUUCCCUGGCUCUUACCUGCAAGGGCUUUUACAAUACUUUCCGAAUUCUAACAUCAAACAAACCCGACGAAAUGGAAACUUCGUCAAUGUUGUACAUCUUGCAGAGAGAUAUACCCAACGUAUAUUUCUGUUUUAGGUGCCACAAGUUGUGUCCUCUAAACCAAGAUCGGAACUGGGAGGGCCAAAAUGACCAUGGAUGCGGCAAGUCGGGCUUGUUUGGCGACUGGGACUUGGUCCACAAACAUAUUCCCCAGAAGCAGAUUCCAUUGCUCUGGCAUCCCGUUCUCAAAGAAGCACACCUUAACUUCAUGGAAGCAUACUUGGUAAUGGACAGACACUUUUAUGGCGAGUCUCAUGGACUUCCCCUUUCGACACUCGAGCGACACUCAAAGUUCGAAAAGUUCAUCAUAUUGAACAGGACUACGAUCAAUGAUCGAAACGACUGGAAUGAUGACCUGAGAGUGGCUUUGAAGGUGUCAAAAGCCUGCAAACAGACUGUAUUCGAUGUCAGACCACAGGGAUCCAAAGCAAAGGCUUUUCAAGCCCCCUGGAGGUUUUCCUUUGACUCCAUCCCAAAGAUUAUCGACAAUGAGCUCUACAUCGCUAGAACUCACACAGUUGAAGGGCCAAUGGUGGGCUGGGAGCACUUGGCGAGACUCUUGGAGAGCAUUCACCUGCCUAUUUGCCGCCACAUGAAGUGCAUUACGGAAACGUACUCAUAUUGCCAUAUUAUCAUCAGCCGAAGCCACAACAAUCGGAGUAUCUGCCAAAAAGACUGGAACCAUGAUCACCAUUUCCAGCAAAGCGGUUCAUGUCAGUACUGCUACACCGAUUAUGAUAUCUCGCUUCAAAGAGAUAACGACAAGAAAGAGUGGAGGUUGAAGAUCUGCACAUAUCACUACCUCGGAGCCUGUCGCUCCCCAGCCGACCUCCUUUGGGACUAUCUUGUUCGAGAUGUGUGUGGGCCACUGAAUCCUUUAUACUGGGAAAUGAAGCAUCGGCAUCUGGAUAUGGAUCUUGGGAAAGCGCGGCGGAGAUGGCAUGAGGGCGAUGAGGGAGACUCUUCCUAG